AUCACAAUCCUAGCCCGGGGUUGAACGGCGCACGUCACCGUUGGAUAAACUGGUGCCCGCUAGCCGACCGUCUUCAUCUCCUCCACGGCCUGCAUCAUGUAUGACAACAACAACCCCUAAGACGUAAAUAGAUUUUGCCUCGCUUUUGUUGUCGUUUUGAAAUCGGAGGAACGAGAAUGGCGCUGUACGCGAGUACCACCACCACAAUGUCUACUUCUGUAGCGGCGUCGAUUGUUUUGGUAAUGGUAGCCGUCGUCCUCUGCUCUUCUCCGGCGGGCGCCAACGAGGACUGCCUGUGGUACGUAGACAAGAACGGCACGUGGCACAAUGGCUUUGACUGCCCCCUCAUCACCUUCUGCUGUGGUAACUGCCAGCGGCGUUACUGCUGCCUGGACGCCUUCAAGAUGAUCACGGAACGCGAGCAGAAGCGCUGCAUGCUCUUCCAGUUCAGUCCCACCACGUUGGCUGGCAUUGCCUCAUCCAUCCUGCUUUUUGUGGCCAUCAUUGCCACCAUGGUGUGCUGCUUCAUGUGCUCCUGCUGUUACCUCUACCAGAGAAGGCUGCAGAGGGGAAGGACUCCUUAUGACCCCCAGCAGAUACCGAUGGCCAGCUACCCUGUGGAGCCACUGUAUGACGCUUAUGGAAAACCACUGGGACCAUCUGAGUACGCACAUGCAGGCUAUCCAAUGGCGCCCCAGUACCCGGGCAUGACCCCCCAGUACCCCAUGAUGCAGCCUGGACCGUAUCCACCACCAUCGAUGGAUCCUGCAUACAACCAGGCCCCUCCUCCGUACUCUCCACCCCAGUAUCCUGGUCAUUGAUUGGCUCAUCUGAAAACACACACGCACACACACACACCAACACCUAUACAUCCAUACAUGCACAGUGAUAACAACAGAGAGAAAGGACUGUUUUUAAAACACACUUCAUCAAUUAAAUGCUUCAGAGUGUUUAACCAGCAAAUAUUUAAAAAAAAACAAAGAUACGUUGCGGGUUAUUUUUUAAUGUCUUAACAUCUUUAUCACAUACUGUAUGUCCUCCAUUUGUCAAAUGAAAUGGUCUUUGGGCAGGUUUUGCACAAGGUGUGGCACCACUCCCAAACUGCGGGGGGAGCUGGUGUGUGUCUCGACACUGUGACUCAAAUGAGCUGAUUAGAAGGUUUUCUGGAGGCAGGCAUGGUCAGCCAUUUGAAGAGUAAAAAGCUGAAUGUGAAUAGAACGAUGACUUCUCUAUACAGUCGUCCCUCGCUACAUCGCAGUUCCAGCAUCGCUCCUUUGCUCUCUUGCGUUUUUUCAAAAAUUGAUAAAUGAUUCUGAUUUGGGUCAGAAACCAAUUAUCCGCGAUAAACGAGGGACGACUGUACCUCCAUCACACUGCAUGAGAAGUGUUUGGAUGACACAAAUCAUCCCAAAAAAGGGACAUUUUGCCUCUGAACGUCAGGUGUUCCAAAUACAUGUUAUGUUGUCACAUCCCAUGUUAUUUACUAUUUUGUUCCUGCGGAUCCAUAAAAUGUAUCUUAUUUAUAUCUGGUAUCAUUUCACUGUAAAUGUGUCUGUUUUGAGGAAGUGCUGACUCAUGGUGAACCCUCCUGGUGGAUGAUGGUGUAACAUGUGACCUUUUAAGGUCAGAGAAGUGUUAAGUCCACUCAUCUUGACAUCACCAUUGCUUUUUGGUUUUUGUGGCAGAAAAAUGUGCCGUUUAUGUUUGAUUCAAAAGUACCGAGGAGGAGUAUUAGGGCCACACUGAAAAGAAAACAUAAUACUUCCACAACACAAGUGUCAUUUAGAAUAACGAAAUGUUGCUGCAUCAAGUCGGAAUACUACGAGAAAGAAAAUUGUGAUGAUAAAGUUGUAAUAUUUGGGGGAAACAUUUUUGGAAAAGGAAGUUGUGAUUUUAUCAGAAAAUUUAGACUUUUUAAAAGAAAAAAAUCAUAUGAGCAUAUUGUUAAAAGAUACAGACUAAGAGAAAGUUGAAUAAGUGUGAAUGAACAAAAGUUGGUGAAAUUAAUAGGAAAACAGAAUACUACAAGAAAAAUCUUUAUGGGAAGAACGUUCAAAUUUUACAAGGAAGUUUUUUUUAACAAAAAAAAUAAAAUACUGUGAUUUUUUUUUUUUUUUGAGCAAGAGUCGUAAUAGAAGGAAAAAAUGUAAUAACAGAUGAAAGCACAAAGCACACAUCCGCCAAGCACCAUAGUUGCCCCCAUAUUGUGAUUUACACCAUAAAUAUUAGUCCUAUAUUUAUUUUACCUUCAUAUUUAGGUUCCUUGACCAUGAAAACAUACCAUUAGCAAUGGAUUCAUAAUAAUAUCAAUAUUAGUUCAGUAGUUAUUCACAAAAAUUGCAUUUUUUUCUAAAGGCCUGGAUUUUUUUUUUUCAUUCUAGCUCCAUAGCUUUUGAAGAAACAACAAAUUUGUGGUCACACUCCAGAUUCCACACAGUGUGUUGUAUUAUUUAUAGCAUCAUUUGUUGUCUUUGAUGACAAUUCCAAAGGUCUCCUUUUUUUUCAUAUUCUGGAUCAGUCUUUGAUAUUUUGUAGAAACUUUUUGUUAACUUUUUUUUUUUUUCAAGUGCUCUGACCAUUUUUUGUGGCGUUGUAUACCCAAAUGCCGAAAAUAGUCUCAGUGUCGCAGUGUUAAAGAAUCCUUUAAAAAAAUCCUGGAUCCAGAUGGUGAUACGGAUCACCCCCCAAAAUGUAAUCAGUUUUUCUAUAUCCUAUUUCCGACAAUCCCUGAAAUUUUCAUCCGAACCCUUCAAUUUUAUUUUGAACACAAGCAAACAAACAGAUAAACCUGGGCAAAAACAUAACGUCCUUGGCGGAGGUAAAAAUAUGACGAUAAAGUCAUCUUGAAGUUGGAAUUUUCCUUUUAAAAAUCUGAAUUGUACAAUAAAGUCAUUUAUAUUAGAAUAGCGUUGCAAUUUUACAAAAAGUAACUAUGCGAAGGAAAAAAAAAAUGUCGGAAUUUCACUUCAGUUGGAAAAUUGAAAGGAAAAACAUUGAAUAUUACAAGAAAAAUCAUUUUUAUGUGAAAGUUCAAAUUUAAUGGGGAUAAAGUACAAAUUUUUAAGAAAACGUAAAAAUAAACAAAAAUCAAGGAAAGUGUCAAAAGGGGAAAAUAACUCAUCUUGAUGUUGGAAUUUGACUUUCAAGAAAUCCUGAUUGUACAGUAAAGUUAUUUUAUGAGAGCUUGAUGUAGUGUUCCAUCUUCAAUCUCAACAGUAAAGUUAUUUUAUGAGAGCUUGAUGUAAGCGUUCCAUCUUCGUUCUCAAAAUUCUGAGAAUACAAACUUCAUUUUAGGAGAAAAAUGUAAUGUAAGAAAAACAUAGCUGUGUUACAUUGAGGACUGUUUAUAUGUUUUCCCAGUGUGGGCCUAAUACUCAUUUGACACUCCAUAGUUGAUGCUGCUCGCAAUAAUGCUCUAUGAGUUGUGGUACUUUUAGAAUUCUCGUGUUAGUUGAAAUAAAGUGUUACUUUGCGUAAUUAUGUUGCUUGAAGGUUAGUCGUUGUUAGCUGCACCAUCAGCAUGCCACCUAGUCACUUUUUUAUUGUUUGAAAAUGAAGUGGAACUACAUUUGAUUCAGUUAUGUGAAAGUUAGCGUGAAGUUGAUGUUUUUUUUUGUUUGUUUGUUUUUUUGGGUGGAACAUAUCAGGUCAGGAGAGUUGGCGCUCAUGCUGCUUGAAUUAUACUUGUAUGUGCACCCCGCCUUACCGUAACCAUCAAAACAAAGAUUAACUAGGUAAAUACUUAUUUUUAUCUGGUUUGUGGUGUUUUACCAUUUAUUUGACAUGAAGCUACAGCUAGCAGCCCCCUAGCCGAGCCUGGACUCUUGCACAUUGACUGGAUUUAAUUCUUAUUUGGAAGCUAACAGCAAAUAAUUACGGCAACAUCCGGGUGUGGAGUUACUGAGCCAUUGCAAAGCACACUGGAAACUGCGGACUUUAAAAUGCUUUCAUGUGUACGUGACUUGACAUUUCUUUUUUUCCAGCCCAUUGUGUGUGCGUCAUAACUUUGGAACAUUGGAAAAAAACUAAAAUUGCAUUGUUGUGUAUUACAUGGAAGAAGGUAUGACAUUGUAAUAUAACAUGAGUGAAGAGUUUUUAUUUAUGAUAACAUAAAAAUUUAACUUUGGAAUGUAAAAAAUGUGUCUGU